AUGGGCUGUUCUCAAACAUACCGCAUCAUUACCGUCUGCGUAUCCAGCGCCUGGACGGUUCUAGCACAUGGAGAGGACGAGUCCCAUUCUCACAUCACCGAGAUCAGCGAGAUUCCAGAAGCAAGCGACACCUACUUCCGGGUGCCGACGGCAUCGGGCAUUCUGUACGGUCAUGUCGGGCUGAUGCUGCUUGCCUGGGUAGGCUGCUACCCGAUCUUCCUGACAUUGGAUGUCGCACGCUCGAAGUACGCCUAUUCGGCCCAAAUACUCUUCCUGGUACUCAACGCGAUCGGAACAGUCUUUGGCCUCGCGUACAAGAGCAAGACACCCGAUCUGUAUCCCGGCAGCGUUCAUGGCACAAUCAGCUGGUUGAUGACAGCAGCCGCAGUCGCACAGCUCCUCCCAAGACUGCUGCGGAGCUACCUGGACCACAAGUCUACAGGGACCGACCCAGCGUUGCUACAGCGUGAGGCACAAUCACUCAUGUACGCACCGGUGCCCGAAGAAAUCUUCAACGGCUUAGCGCAUUUCAUCAAGGGCGGUAUCUUCUUCGGGUUCGGCAGCUUGACCUUGUGGUACUGGAUGCGCAGCUAUCUACGCAUGGAGUCGGAUUCAAGUACGAAGUACAUGCCAGACCAGAACCACCAGCCGAGAUCAAGUCGAGGUUUCACGCUCGAAAGGCUGGAAUGUUCGCUCAUCCUCAUCUACGGUGUCACAAACGUCUUCCUUGAACAUCUGUCCGGCUGGGGCAAGGCAUGGACGGCGCAGGAUCUCGAGCACGUCGCAAUUUCGGUUUUGUUCAUUGGCGGUGGAUUGUGCGGUCUGAUGAUCGAAUAUCAAGGAUACGGAAAAGUCACUAGACACGAGCCAAACACGCCCGAUGCAUCCUAUCCCACCGCCGAAAAGCACACUACAACGACGACGAUCUCAAUCAACCCGAUCAACCCGCUGAUCAUCUUCCUCUUGGGCAAGAUACUGGCUGGUCACGGUCAAGACACCGGCCAGUCCACAAUGAUGCAUUCAUGGGUUGGAAAUCUUCUCGCAGGAGCCGCCGCGGCACGAAUCCUCACAUACCUCCUGAUGUACUUGGCGCCGCCCUCGUCAAGCUCAUCUGCCCGAGCGCCAUCGGAAUCAGUCACGUCGUUUUGUCUGAUGACGGCGGGCCUCAUGCUCAUGGCGAGUAACUCGGAUACAGUUGACGCAAUGAUCCGAUACAAAGUCAACGCAAUGAUGGUCGCUACGAUGGCGAUGAGCACGACUGCAGCCUCGAUGGCAUGGUUCAUGGCGCUUUUCGCGGUGGGACAGUGGGCUCGAGGGACAAAGGCACGGAGUAGGUCGGGUGUCGGCGUCCAGUAA